AUGCAGCUGUCUCUCGGUCUGCUGGUCGCCUCCUUGGUGACUUCCAUUAGAGCCCAGUCGACCUUUUCGCCGGCCAGACCCCCUGCGAUUCCUCUCGCUGUCCGAUCGCCAUAUCUGAGCACAUGGCUCGAUGCAGGAAGUGAUGGCGGCAAUGGUGGGUACCUGGCCGGCCAAUGGCCUGUGUUUUGGGAAAAUCAAGUCACUGGCUGGGCUGGUAUGAUUCGUGUAGAUGGUAAUGUCUAUACAUGGAUGGGGUUGCCCGACACCAAAACCGUCAACCAGGUCGCAUACGAGUAUACAUCGACUAAGAGCAUCUUCACCGUGCACGUGGAUAAUAAGCUGGAAAUGAACAUCACCUUCUUGUCGCCUAUCACACCAGAAGAUUUCAAGCGCCAAUCACUGGUUUUCUCGUACCUUAAUGUCGAGGUUUCUUCGCUCGAUGGCCAGGACCAUGAUGUACAAGUUUAUGCAGACAUCUCUGCUGAAUGGGUGUCCGGCGACCGCAACGCAGUUGCAGAAUGGGACUAUGGCACCACCGAUGGUGUGGCGUACCACAAGGUAUACCGACAGACGCAAUUGGCAUUCUCUGAGAAGAAUGAGCAGGGUGAAUGGGGCUACUGGUACUGGGCGACUGAUGCUUCAUCUGGCAUGACCCACCAGUCUGGCUCAGCCGGAGAUGUCCGCUCUCAGUUCUCGAACAACGGCAAGCUCGCCAACAAGGGCGAUACCAACUUCCGCGCCAUACAGAAUGACUGGCCUGUCUUCGGUUUUUCGUCCGACUUGGACUCCGUCGGAUCAUCACCUGUUAGCACACUGUUUUCCCUCGGUCUGACACAGGAUCAAGCAGCUCAGUACGAGGGCGCACAAUCCUAUGGCCCUGUUCCGUCCCUGUGGAAGAGUUAUUUCGAUACCGAACUCGCAGCACUCGCCUUCUUCCACCAUGACUACAGCGAAUCCACUAUUUUCGCAACUGAGUUUGACGAAAAAGUCGCCAGAGACUCCAUAGCCACUGCUGGUCAGGACUAUCUCACAAUUACCUCGCUGUCAGCCCGACAGGCAUUUGGUGCGACCCAACUAUGUGGUACUCAAGAGAAGACGUACCUGUUCCUGAAAGAGAUCUCUUCCGACGGGAACAUGAAUACCGUCGAUGUUGUCUUCCCAGCCUACCCGAUCUUCUUGUACUCCAACCCAGCUCUCCUCAGAUUGGUCCUCGACCCUCUAUUUGAAAAUCAAGAGGCUGGAAAGUACCCCAAUGACUACUCCAUGCACGACAUGGGAUCCUCGUACCCCAAUGCCACAGGUCAUUCCGACGGCAGCGACGAGAAAAUGCCCCUGGAGGAGUGUGGAGACAUGCUCAUUAUGACUCUGGCUUAUUCGCAAAAAUCAGGAGACACCGACUAUUUGAAGCUCCACUACAACCUGCUGAAGAAGUGGACUAGUUAUCUGGUUGCGGACUCUCUGUACCCUGCUAAUCAGAUUUCGACUGAUGAUUUCGCCGGCUCUCUCGCCAACCAAACCAACCUAGCGCUUAAGGGCAUGAUCGGCAUUCAGGCAAUGGCUGUUAUUGCCAAUAAGACUGGUCACCCUGACGAUGCUGCCAAUUUCACAGGCAUUGCCCAUGAUUAUAUUACCCAGUGGCAGGAACUGGCUAUUGCCAAGGAUGCCAACCCACCGCACACAACGCUUUCAUACGGCGAUACUAACAGUCAUGGUCUAUUAUACAACCUGUUUGCCGAUGCUCAAUUGGGCCUCGGUCUAGUCCCACAGUCUGUCUAUCAGAUGCAAAGUAACUUCUACCCAACGGUUGCGAACAAGUACGGUGUGCCUUUAGACACCCGUCACGCCUACACUAAGAGUGACUGGGAAUGCUUUGCUGCCGCAAUCGCUUCAGUCGAUACCCGAAACAUGUUCCUCAAGGACCUUGCUACUUGGAUCAACGAGACACCAACUAACCGCCCCCUCACGGAUCUCUACGACACCGAGUCAGGGAACUACCCCCAAAACACUUUCGUCGCUCGCCCUGUCAUGGGAGGAUCUUUUGCGCCGCUACUUGUGCGCUCGUGA